AUGUGCGUACGCUCCGUACUUUGCGUGGUCAUCGUGAUCACGAUGUGUGCCGUUAAUUGCGAGGAACCGGAAUCUCUCGGUGUCGACGAACGAGGCAUCUUGAAUAGUACACAAACUAAUUCGACGAUUUCGAACGACAAAAAUUUUUGGGAAUGGCUGUAUGGUUUUGUAACUGUCGGUGCGCCCAUAACCGUAACGACAUCCACGACUGAAAUACCCAAACCAGAGAAGGAAGAAUGUUUACCUUGUAAAUGUGGUUUAACGAACACCGAGAAGCGUAUAGUGGGUGGGACUGAGACACAAGUUAAUCAAUAUCCAUGGAUGGCAUUAAUGAUGUUUAGAGGACGAUUUUACUGUGGUGGAACUGUUAUAAACUCUCGUUACGUAUUAACUGCAGCCCACUGCGUCGACAGAUUUGAUACGAAUUUCAUGUCGAUUCGAAUAUUGGAGCACGAUCGCAACUCCACAUCGGAAACCGAGACGCAAACGUUUAAAGUUGAGAAAGUGAUGAAACACAGUGGUUACUCGACGUACAACUAUAAUAACGACAUAGCGCUGGUCAGACUGAAUCAGCCCAUACGAUUUCAGGGAAAAAUGAGGCCUGUUUGCCUUCCAGAACGAGCAAAGACAUUCGCUGGCCUGCAGGGUACGGUGACCGGAUGGGGGGCACUCGAGGAGUCUGGACCCAUAUCCGAAACUCUGCAGGAAGUAAUGGUGCCGAUAUUAACGAAUACCGAGUGUCGAGCCAGUAAGUAUCCAUCGCGAAGGAUCACGGACAACAUGCUUUGUGCUGGUUACAAAGAGGGAAGCAAGGAUUCGUGUCAGGGAGACAGUGGUGGUCCUCUGCACGUGGCCAACGAGGACACGUACAACAUAGUCGGUGUCGUGUCCUGGGGCGAAGGAUGCGCGAAACCUGGUUACCCUGGUGUUUACACCAGGGUGAAUCGUUAUCUGUCGUGGAUAACGCGCAACGCCGAGGGCGCCUGUUACUGUUGA